AUGGAAGUGGUUCUUGUCGCAAGCAGCACGAAGUAUGAACUCGUAGCAUCAAGGCUGUGGCGUCGGCUGCACGAUGCACUAGUCCUUGUGAUAUAUAAAACGAACGUUGACUCGCACAGAGGAUCAAGCUACCCUGUCUCCGUAAAGCCACAUCGAAAGAGCCCUGAGUUCGCACCUCUGCUCGUUGUCUUCUUCCUAUUGGUCCCGGUCCUCGGCGCACCACUGGCGGCUGUUUCCCCAUUCACUCCCGCUAUCGCGUACUUCCACCGUAGAUCCGUACGACGUGCAUGGAGCCUCCUCACGUUCUACGCCACCAACUUCAUUGCCCACGCGUUCUCCGUUCCUUUGACGGUGGAGGUUGAAAGUCCGCAUCAGCACCAGAGAAUUUUCAGCCCCAUUCCGUGGGCGGCAUGCAUCUCUAUCUUCCUUCCAUUCCACGGAUUGGGCCGAGACAUCUUGUUGAUAGCACAGCAGUGGGAUCUGGACAGCUUACGCACCGCAGCCGUUCACGGAGCUCUCGUUGUCGUCGCUCGCAACAAAAAGUGGAGGCCACAAGAAGACGAGGAGGAUGAGGUUUUCGUCAAACUUCCGGAGGAAUUUGAUGGUUGCUCUCAUCAAGCAAAAGACAACCCACCUGCUGAGUUCCAGUUGACCGAGGAACGCCAUAUUCUUGUACCAGAAAAAAAGCAGCACACAGUUCUCGGAGAGCUCAAACCUCCCGCCGGCUAUUCCCUCGUCAUUCCUACUGAUCGGGCCAUCAUCGAACAGAUCAUGGACUCCGCGAUCAUCUCUACCAAGGGGAUAAAAGUCCAUAGUCCGCCAAACAUACUCAAAAUCCUGGCUGCAAUCUUUCAGAUCGUAUCCGCCUCUCUUGUUCUUGCGUUUACGUUGGGCGACCAAGUUUCCCGCUUUGGCUAUGCGGCCUAUGGUCUGUCCGUGGUGCCCUACGCGUUGAUGUCUGGCGCCAACGUGAUAUGUUGCGCCGUUGUUGGCGAGUACAACACCCGUCACGUUCUUCGGACGCCGAUUCUCGAAGAGGCAGCGAAGCGUAAGCUUGCUAUCUUCGACGGUGCCGUUGGGCGUUUAGGGGAGUCGGAGGACGUUAGAAAGUCGAAGGACGAAGCGCAGAACUCCCCCAAAGACUUUACGCCAGUGCACCUACGGCUAACGAAGUCGGAGGAGCAAGUUGUUCUCGCUGUGCGGAAAGGAGAAAUAGUCAAGAAUUUCUUCCUUAUUCCGGAGAAAACCGACGCUACUACUUCGCAGGACUACGGUACAUCAGGAUUACGGCUAUGGAGCCUAAUGGCGCUCAUUCGGGGUGCUCGCAAAGUUGUUGUCGGCAAAGUCAUCAUCCUGUGGGACUGGUGGCAGCUCGUUCUUGAGCGAGGCCUGUAUAGUCCGGCCUCAUCGACACAGGGGGAGGUGCAGAGGAAAACACACGUAGCGCGCUCGAGAGCUAAAGGUAUGCUAUGUCAAUACAAACAAGACCACCGAGCUAGUGUGGCGCCGGUGAUGAGAGACAAAAUUGGCCUACCCAAGCAAGCGCACAGCCGGGAAAGGGAAGGAAACAGAAAGGAGGAGAGACAAAACACAAACAAGGGUGGGCAGGGCUGGAUCGAAAUCCUAGGAUACGUGAGCGAGGAAGGAGGCAUUGCAGAUGCUGCGCGACGCAAGGACGAUGUGGGAGGAGACGAAAGAGCGAGAUGCCUGAAGCGAGGAAAAUUGCUCGCUCAGACGCUGGGGCUGGCCUCUCCCGGCUGCGCGAGGGAUCAGCUGGCCCAGAGCACUAACUCCCGAUGCAUGUCUAUUUGA